UCUGGGCAGAGUUCUGCAGUCACUGAACCAACAUUAUCUUCCAGUCACUGUUAUGGCAAAGCCUGGAUUCUAUUUUGGUUUUUUGAGAAUUUCUGUCCAGAUUUCCUACUCAGUUCUCAGCCGCUUCUUGGGCCGGAGCUUCAGUUUUCUGAGAGUCGUCACCAUGUCUGAGUCACCGAGCAGAACUCGUCAGAUCCCCUGCAGUGGGAAACUUUGCCGGAACCUCUUUGGACCUGUGGACCACGAGCAGUUGCAGCAAGACUGCCAGGAUCUGAUGCAGAGCUGCACUCAGGAAGCCCAGCGCCGAUGGAACUUCGACUUCGUCACCGAGACUCCCCUGGACGGCGACUUUGCCUGGGAGAGGGUCCGAGGCCUGGAUCUGCCCUCCAUAUAUCGUCCAUCAGGGCCAUGGGGCAGGGAGGACCUGGGGGGGAAGAGGCCAAAGCCCCAGCCCAGCUCCCCAGCCCUGCUACAGAUGUCCGCCCAGGGAGACCAUGUGGACCUGUCCCUCUCCUGCACCGUAGUACCACUGACCCCAGAGCGGGAGGAAGGGUCCAAGGCUGGGACCUCCCAACCAACCCGAAAACACAAGCAGACCAGCAUGACUGAUUUCUACCAUUCAAAGCGAAGGCUCAUCUUCUACAAGAGAAAGCCGUGACUUGACGCUCCAAUCUCUCUCUUUCGGCCCGGUGAUGAUGACCACCCCAAUUCAGCUUUUUGUUCGUCAGUGUGUGUGUGUUUUAAUUAUUGUUUGUAUUUUAAUUUAAACUCCUCUUUGUAUAUAUACGCUCUCUUCGUGCUGGGUGGGCCCUGGCCUGUAUAGCAUGGAGAAUAUUUAAGAAAAAAAAACACAAAAAACGACAGUGGAAAGCUAGCUGCGCCCCCGCUGUAUAAGUCGGACUGUCGGGUAUUUUUAUGUUUUGAAACCUUAUUUAAAAUGUCCUUGUCCUAUGUUUCCUCUAUCCUAUAAGAUAGAAUGAAGUUGGCCUCAGGCCAGAGAUCGGUGUAGCUAAGGAAUGCUGCUAGCUUCCCUGCCUUGUUGUUCCUUACCCAGGAUCUCCUGGUUAGGUGACAUGCCCAAGGGCAGUUAUCUCCCAUCAGGUGUUGUGGACUUCUCCCGGGUUCUCUAAACUAAGUUAAUUUUAAUUUGAAAAAAAUAAAAUAAAAAUAAAAAACAGAUGGCACUUUGUUGGGAGGGUGAGGUGGGGGUAGGAUUGGUAGGGGUACAAAGUGACUGGCCUCCUCUGAGAUGUCCAAAGCCAAGGGAUGAAGGGUAGGGGUCCCACCCCAUUGGCCUUUUGGCUUUGCUCUCUACUGAGAGGUGGGGGAGAGAGUCGGUUCCUGUAGCGUUUCCCCCACCCCCUCCCUCUGUCAUGCCCCUCUUUGCCUGCCCUCCGGCACUGAGUGGGCAGGUGGGCAUCCGUUCCCCAAAGGUGGAGGAACCAGCCAAGCUGCUCAGGAUCCCGGGUCCCUAUUGGUGCUGUCCUGCCCUGCACUUUCUACAGAGACCUAGCUACCCUUCCGUGGCUAGGUUUUCCUCUUAGCUCUCCCCUCCCCUGCCACCCUUUCCCCCUCCCAUUCAUCCUCCCGUCUCCCCUCCCUUCCCAUUGUACUUUGUGUAGCAGCUGAAUAAGGUGAUGGUGGUUUGGAGGCAGAGUGACGAGGAUGUUCUGGCCUUUUGGGAGAAGGUAGGAGGGGCCGUUGCUGACUGCAUACAGAAGGAACAGGUUUCAUUCCAUCCUGACUUUGACCUGUCCCAAAAGUCCUGUGGACAAAACCCCAGCCUGGGCACUGACCCUAGAGGGGAGAGUAGGUAGCAAGCACUUGGAGUCUGUACCAUACAAUUUGAGCACUUGAUUCUGCGCUCUCUUCUCUUGUUCUGGUUCAUGUGUAUGUCUUGGUCUCCUCAACUAGACUGUAAGCUCUUUGAGGGCAGGGACAGCAUCUUAUACUUCUCUGUAUCCCACACGACCCCCUAACACAGGGUUGGGUAUAUAGCAGGUGCUCAGUAAAUAAUACUUAUUGACCUAACCACA